AUGGAAAACGAAGAACUGGACUACAUGCUUAUGGAAAGCCAAAUAGAUUUGAAAGGUGUCACGAUUGACUUGUUUCCCCUCUAUCAAGACGUUAAUAACGAAGAAAUCCCCGAAGAUUCGGUUCACGAAAUUUUCUUCCAGUGGGGAAGGGACGAUGAUGGACAAUCGACAUUUUCAAACGUUCUCAAGCAAAAUACGUCUGUCACGUUCGUCAGUUCGUGCCACUACGACAGGAUGUUUUACUAUUUUAAAUGGACCAACCCAAUGCCUAUCGAUUUAAGCGGACUGCCAAGCGUCCAUCGCAUUCUAAUGAUUCGCGACAUCACCCAACGACUUAGACUGCUGGACGAGCAAAAUGAUAAAGGUAACAAGAUGCUAACUGGGAUCGGCGAGACGACAAUCAAUUUCAAAUUGGAAGAUAUCAAAUUUUCGUUGCUGUUGAAGCCAACCAACAGCCAACCGGGUAAUGCGCUUUUAACAAUGCAGCGGACUGCGGGCGAACCUUAUGAAGAACGGCACCAAAAGGUCGAAGAAUUCGAUUGUUUUGCUAAGCUGGACGCGAAGGAAAUUGAUUCGAUUGUGAGCAGAGCUCGACGAACGGGAAAGUCAAUCACGGACCGUGAUAUUAACAGCAGAGAAGAAGACAAAGUUCAAAAGAAAAUGGCCGAAGAAAUGAAUUUCUUCAUGUUACUUUACGAUUUCGAAGUGGCCCGUCGUUUGCAGAGACCUUUUAGUAAUGAAAGUCACGUCCUCGAUUCGCUGCCUAUCGCGAUCGGCAUUGCAAUGAUUCACCGCAUCAACGGUACAAGAGAAAAUCAAAGGUGGAUGUUCUUUUCAGGUCUUUUCCAGGGAAAGUGUGAAUCAAGAAAACUUGUUUUAGAAGACAUUGUCGUCGCAUUCAAAGAGUGCAACGAACCGAGAAGAAGCUGGACUGAAGGAGAUUUGAAUAACAUACUGUGCGAGCAGUUUGGUUCACACAAAUUGUUUCGCUGAUCCCCACACGACUGGCAAUUUUUGUUUCCCCCUCUAUUCCAAUCAACAAUUGACGCGAGACUAAAGACAGAUAAUGACUAAGACACGUUGAACUCGGAGCUGGACCACAUGUCCAAGGUACCAACUCUAAGGUUGGGAAUGUUCACCUGCAUGACGCAAUUGCCCUGCUGACAGUAUUUCUUGCUGCAUUUGAAUACACUGCUCUAUUGGUCUUUGUUUUUGAACUGCGACGGCAUUAGCUAUUUUCUCGUUAUCCAGAAGCGAAAGUGGAGUCCCGAGCCUAUUUGCAUAUGCAAAUACGCUUCCAGUAUCAAAUGCACACACAAAAAAAGAAAUUCGAAUGGGACACGCCUACGAGCCGUUGCGGAGUUGCAUCCGUAAUUGGCCGGAGGACGUUGUUUGGAAAAGCUUCGGCAAAAUUAGAAGCGACAAUAACAACAACGUGAUUGACAGGAAGAAAACGAUACUCUACUCGGACUGGUCAUAUUCAGUUGCGUCAACUCUUUUUACAUUCAGAAAAAUCUCGCCCCUCCCCACGUCCAAAAAGCUCUCCCCACCUUUGCAUAGACUGACAGCCAAAAUCGUACAGGCAUACACUCGAAUCUAUACAUAACAAUGGAGAUCUGUUUGUGUUUUUUUCUUUUAAAAGAGUCUUACCUUCGUUUAGGGACAGCAUUUCAACUUGAUGUACAAUUUCUUCAGAUUAUACGAGUCAACAACCUACGGAAAUGUUGUU